UUUUUAUGGUAAAUAGUAAAGCCUUUCUUGUUGACAUUAUUUCAUUAAUUUACGUUGCCAUUCUCAAAUUAAAAGGAGUUGAUAUGUUUCUGAUUUAGAAAACAAAAUAUAUUACUGCACCUCCUGCAACAUUUAUUAUGUCGAAUUGCUGUCACGGACAUAGUCACGGAGGAGGAUCAGGAGGACAUGAACAUAGUCAUGGGCCUUCAGAUGCAAGUGAUGCUGAAAAUUUUAGAGGACAGGAAUUCAAUUUGUAUUUGAAAAUAGAAAUGGACAGUCUAACGUGUUUAAAUGAAUCAGAAGAAGGCUCUGGGAAGAAUGUUUUUCGGGCUUAUGAAGAUAGACUUGAUAGGUCAAAGGUAACUCCAUAUUCUUCUUCUUCCCCUAUGCCUAAAGUUCCCUAAGCCUAAACCUGUGUAGUGUAGGUAAAGGUAGUGAGACACUGUACUCAGUAUAAUAAAGUAUAACUUAUACUAGUUUAGACCAAAGAAACAGUUCUGUUAAUGUUAAGUAGACCUAAUUUAAAAAGUUUUUAAAAAAUAUUUUAGUGACUAUUAUUAGUAAAAAGGCCUACCUAAAGGUUUAUGGCAUCAUGGAUGAUUAAUAAAUGCAAAGUUGCCCCCCACCCUUCACGUUUUCUGCCUGAUAUCAAUUCCUUACAAAUUUUAAAAAUUGCAGAUACACAAUUUAUAAUAUCCUUAACCUUACUACCUUUACUUUCCAUUUAAGUUGUUAAUACCAAUAAAAACUGUAUCAAAGUGUAAGCCAUACUGCCCAUACAUAUCGUAAGUAAGUCUUGUACCAUGUUUAUAAAAAAAUAACUUGAAAUAGGCACAAACAAGGCACAAAUGAUCAUGAUUCAAAGAGAAACCAGAAAGAUGAGACAAAUAUACAAUGAAGCCAGAAGGAAAGCCAUGAAAAUGUGUAGGAGCAAAAAAAGGGGGGAUGGGAAAAAGCUAAACUAGCUAAACUAAAAGAAAUUGAAUCAAGAGAGGAAAUAUCAGAGGAGUGUACAUGUAAAUAAAAAGAAUUAAUACUAAACCAGAGCUCUAAUGUGUGAGAGCAAUGAUGGAGAAUUAAAUAUGGAAAAAAGUAAAGUACUGGAGAGGUGGGCUGAACAUUUUUAGGGCAUACUAAAUGCAGACAAUGGAGAAGAUAAAGAUUAUCAACAACCACAUGGGGGACCAGACACUUUUAUAAACUCCCCAAUGUUGGAAGAAACUACAGAAGUAAUUCUAAUUCUAUGAAAAACCACAAAGCCCCUGGAGAGGACCUCAUUACAGCAGAACUUAUAUAACCCUGAACAAAUAUUAGGUGAUGACCAAACAGUAUUAAACAGAAACUCGUCCCUCUCCCCCAUAGACAGCGACGAGGCCAUGACAGGCAAUUCAGGCUCAUACCAGCAAGAAGCCAGUAUAGGAACUGCUCAUUCCUGCCCAAGACAAUCAGGGACUGGAACCAUCUUUCAAAAGGAACAGUUGAGGCGACAACACUAGACACAUUUGUGUCUAUUGCCUCAAGCCUUCAAACCCCUAGUGCAUAAUUUCCUCAUCACCACCAGUAACAGAAACAUUGCAAAUCCCAUCUACAUGCAUAGGAGCCAAAAUGAUCAAUAAAUUGAUCGUGGGCCCUUAAGAUAUAGAAGAAGAAGAAAUAUGGAGGAAGAGAACUACACUCUCAAACACAGAAAGUCAUAAGUAAAAUUUGGCAAGGAGAGAAAAUUCUAACAGAAUGGGAAACAGCACUAUUAACCUAAAUAUACAAGAAAGGUUCCAAAAUUCAAUGUAAAAGCUACAUAGGAAUUUACCUAUGAAAUAUAACACAAAAUAUUGACAAAACUAAUUGCCAAGAGACUACAACCGUACCCUGAACAAAUAUUAGGUGAUGACCAAAGUGGAUUCAAACAAAACAAAUCAAUGACUGUUCAGAUUUUCACCAUCAUAUGCAUAUUAGAGAAAUUUUACGAAUAUAAUAUCCCAGUACACCAACUCUAUGUGGAAGAUAAAAUGGCCUAUGACAGCAUCAAAAGAAAAUAUCUAUGUAAGAUUCUGCAGUAGUUUGGCAUACCCAACAAGCUGACCAGACUGAUAUAUGUAACAUUAAACUACUCAAAAAGCAAAUCAAGGUUCAGGGAGAAUGUUCAAGGGAAUUUCAGAUUAGACAAGGAGACUUACUGUAAUAUAUGCUAUUUAACCUAACAUUAGUGAGAGUUAUAAGAAACAUAUGAAGAGUAGAAAGGAAGUGAUUUUAACAUAAUUGUAAAAACCACUUCACAUCCUUUCUACUCUUUACUUUGUUUUUGUCUGGUUUUAGCGCCCUCUCCUAUAUUUUUUCUGUUUUAGGUAGGAUAAGUAUAUUGAUAUCAAGUAAAUUUAAUUUAUACUUACUUAAAUGUGUUUUGGUUGUUUGUACUGAUGAAGGCAUGUGCCGAAACGUUUAAUUGUGUAUAAUGUAUAAUUAUUAUUAAAGCGUAACGUAUAUAUUCUAUUGACACAAUUUGUUCGUGUCUUAUUAAUCUCUUUUGAAAUAGUAACUCAAUUCAAAUACCUAGGAGAUUUAUUAAAUGAAAGAAAUGAAUUACUAACAGUACAAGAAAUAAAAGAAAGAAUAUUGGCUGGAAACUUGGCAUACUUAAGUUGUCAGAAAAAACUCUAAAUUAAAAACAUUACAAGAAAAAGAAGGAAAUCUGUAUAUAAAACGGUAAUCAGACAUACGCAAGUGAAACAUGGAUCCUAAAAAAAACUUCAGAAAAUCUCUUAAACAAAUGGGAGAGAAAAUUUAUCCAAUAAAUAUAUGGAUUAAGAAAGGAUGAAUGUGGUUCGAGAAUAAGAAGCAAUCAUGAAUUGUAUAGUCUAUAUCAGGAUCCCUUACUAGUUGCAGAAAUAAAAAUGGGCAGGUUACGCUGGGCGUGACACUUAGAAAGAAUGCUAAGUGACAGAGUAAUGAAGAGGUAAUACCACCAAAACCCCAGAGGAAAAUGGCUCAAGGGCAGACCAGGGCAUAGAUGGAUGGAUGAUGUGGAAACAGAUCUACAGCAGCUUGGAAUCCAAGCAUGAAAAAGAAAAGCAUCAGUUAGGUCUGAGUGGAAGGAAAUGGUGAGGCAGACCAAAGCGCUACAUGGGCUGUAGCACCAAAGGGGUGGAUGGAAGGAAACAUGGUAAAAAAGUGUAGGGCCAUUCUGUAUAUAAGUCUUGUACCAUAUAUAUAAAAUAAUAAUUUGAAAUACGCAUUUACGAAAAGUUCAAAAUUUUCAAAUCUAAGUACUCAUUAGUACAUUCCUUACCCAAAAUUAUUAGAACAACAAAUUUAACUUUGAAUCUGUUCAAUGUUAAAUUGUUUUGACAAUAAUUUUUCAUCUUUGUUAACUACAGUUUUUCAAAUCUUUUCAUGUACCUUUGUUUUCAGUUUGUAUCCAGUGAUGUUGAUGAGGAGCUUCUAUUUAAUAUUCCGUAUGUACAGUUUCUUUUUGUUACCAGCGUUUUGAUUUUCCAUGAACUAUUGUUUAAGACUCAAAAGCAUAGCAAUAGCUUGAAUGUCAAACACGAAUAAAUAGUGUCAACGAAUAGCUGCCAAAAUCUAUUUUAUAGUUCAACAUCGGAAAGCAGCCAAAUUUUAAAAUUUCUGCAAUAGUACAUGCUUUAAGUUCUUAUUGAUUAUUAUUCUGGCCUAUGAUGAAGUAUUGAUUUUUACGUAGAAUCAUAAUUUUGUAAAUUAAGUUUCUUUUUUUUACCUCUUCAAUUAUGAACCUGUUGAUGAAUUACAUUCAUUUUAUAAACUUAUUAUUAAACCCAGGCAUAAAAAUUUUUUUAAAUUGUAUAAUUUAUUUGCAGAUUUCAAGGGACAGUGAAGCUAAAAGGAUUGCUUAUCAUUGGAGGAGAAAGAGAAACACAUCCAAACAAAAUGCGACUGUUUAAAAAUAGGCCGAACAUGUCAUUUGAUGAUUCUCGUGCAAAGGCUGAUCAGGAAAUAGAUGUUCAUGUUGAUCAGGAUGGAUUUAUUGAGUAUAAACCAAUGUGGGUAACCUGUAGGAUUUCUUUCAAUGUAUACAUUUUUAAAAAUUUUCAUUUCAAAGUCAUAAAAGAGACAAUGGUUUCAUAAAUAUUGGUCUCUUCAUUAAAUAAAAAUGAGUUUUUAGGUAUAUAUUUUUAUAUAUACCGGUAUAUAUAUAUAUAUAUCAUCUUUCCGUCUUCGCGAGUAGAAAUGUAAACUUCAUCAUAUGGCUUACUAAGCUAGUCCUGGAAUUUCAGUCUGGAUUGCAUUUCUCACAGGAGAACCUUGACGUCUGUUUAGAUGCGGCCUUCUGUAUUGCUCUUUUUGUUGCAAGGGCUUCCUUUCAGAGAUCUUAUGCCUUUUUGACUCCUUCAUACACUGCCGUUUGCCAGCUGGAAUGGUGCGUGGUGAUGAUCUCCCAUUCAUUGAUUUCUAUGUUUGCUUGCCUCAUGCUCCUUUUGCAAACAUCCAUAAAUGGCAGCUGUGGCCAUCCAAAAAUUCUUGCCACUUCUGCCACUUCUCCAUACAGCAGAUUCUCUGGAAUAAGGUCUUCCUCCAUUCUCGUUACAUAGCCUAACCAGUGAAGGUACCAGAAUAUUUAAAGCAAAGAAAAAUUUAAGACUAGUUAAAUUGUAAAUUUUAUACGUAGUUGUGUGGAGUGGUUGUUGGCUGACAGUUUCCAUUCCCAUUCUUAACAGAGUAGCAAGAUUCAGUGAUGUUCAUCACCUGUCCAUUCAUUUCCCAAGUAACCAUGGCAACGCAGACAACACAGAAGUUUUUUACAUUGGACUGAAGGGAGAUUAUAUGGAGGUAAAGUAACACAUGAUACCCGACGACCAUUCCUGAUAGAUUUAAUUGGAUAAAUAUCAACCGGAAGUUUGGGGCCAUCCAUAAAUGGGGGUGGGGGCAGGUAUUUAUGACCAUGUGAAGUGAGUGGUGUUUAUAUUUUGUGACAAGAUUGUGAAAUUUGGAUAUAACAUCAGCAAAAAUAGUGUGACAUCAUAUGCGGAUGGCCCUUUUGACUUUUUUAAAGAAUUUCAAUCUGAUUUUAUCUUUACUUAAAUUCUAAAAGCCAUCACUUAUUCACUUGUUUUGUUAAAAUAGCAAACCUGAAAUACAUUUAUUGAUAUUUUGGUUAAAUUAUUUAACAUCCUUAUGGUUAACAUUGCUUAUUUUAUAGAUAUCUUUUGGUUCAUUCUUUUGAAAUGCUUUAUCCUAAGGCUAAUAAGUAGUGCAUCCUUUCAUUUUUAACUAGAAUAUGCUAAUCACACUUUUAUUUUGAUGGUAAUUACUGUGUACCUGGUAUCAUAGAAUUGAAUAGUUACAUUUUUAUUUAUUAUUGUUUAACUCUCAAUUUGGUAAUGGUGUAUUUUAGCGUCGGUAAUUAGCAACAUUUAAAAAUUAUUAAAAAAUAAUUAACACCAUACAAAACCAGCUUAAGGUUUAUUAAGUGACACAAUAGUGAAAACGUAUGUUCAAUUAUCCAUAAUUGUUAGCCAAAGUGAUGAUGAACUGUGAAAAUAAGUCUACAUCGCCAAAGUAACAACGAUAAGCAAACUCUUGCAAAUAGGAUGGAAAAAGAGCAUGACUAGUCCCGAAUAGUCUCUUCAGUUUGUGCUUAGCCCGCAUCCACAUAUUCUCAAUGUUCUGUUUCUGGAUUUCUGGAUCGUUCAGGUCAACGAAGUUGUGUUGAUGGACAACAACUGAAUGUUUAUAUUUUCCACCUCCUAUCCUUUCCACUUGCCCAUAGGCUGCCCAACCAUCAGAUAUGAUUUGAGAACCUGGAAAAACAUGCUGCUGUGUGCAAGCCUACAAAGUUUCUGAAUUUCUGUUCAGGACUUCAACUAGAUACCGUAACAUGAAUAUUUAUUUAAUUGAAAAAUUUUAAAUACCAUAGAAAUUUUUUUUUUAUUCCUGACGCUAAAAUUCAACAUUACCCUCAAUUUUAGUCAUAAUUGCUUAACAUUAUUUAUACUUAAAUGGCUCUAACUUUUUCUGUGUUUCAGGCAUACAGGCAUGAAGUCACCAUCGCAGCAUAUGAGGCUAGGGCCAACCCAGCUGAUCAUAAGACCAGUUCACUCAACCAAGUCAACCACUUUGUGUCAUAGCAACAAGUUCAAAUCAACCAAGACAACCACUUUGUAUUCUACUAACUGAGAAACACUUGAUUUUGAUUGUUUGAAAAGGAGAAAGUAAUUUUAAGUUGAAGGAGACAAAUUGAACAUUGCAGUACACUGAUUGAACUUUUAAAGCUUAGUAAAUUUAAUAUGAAAAGAACUAAAAUAUAUUUUUAGAACGAAAAGGCAUGGUAAAAUAUACAUUUCUUUCUGAUAAAAAUAAACCUUUUUUUUUUAAAUGUUCUCCAAAGUUAAGCAUAACUUUAGGUGUAAUAUAUAAUCAAUUUUUUAAAAAUUAUCUCCCCUAUGUCAUUAGACAAAUUGGAUCAUAUUUAUUUUUAAGACCAAAUCAGAUUGCAUUUUUUAACAUUUUUAUUGCUUUUUGAAUUAGAAUCUAUCAUAAUUAUAUUUUCAAGCAAAAGAUAAUUUAUCAUACUUUAUUAUUUUAUUUCUUCAAUUAAAUUUUUUGCUUUGUCUACAUUUGAUUACAUUUUAAAAAAUUUGAAAUUAUAAUUUUUAUGGAUAGAAAAUCUAAUUAAAUCUGCUUUGUUAAGUUUUACUUUUUCUCAAAGAAUUUUUGCCAGUCUUGUUUAAAUGUAUAACUAUUUACACCUUUAGUCAUACUGUUCACAGCUGCAAUAUUCGGUCAUCACGUUUGCUGUUACCCUCUGAGAUUUGUCUCUCACAUUUAAUUUACCGUAUUGUUGGAUUAAAAUAUCUUGAAACCAAAGCUCAGUCUUUCUAUUAUGCAUGAAGUGCAAACAUUUUACUUCCUUAAAAUUUAUAUUAAUAUAUCUAUAAUAUAUGUUUCACUACAAAUAAUUACUUACGUAAUUAUACAAAUAUAUCUCUUAGAUAUAUUGCCCUACUAAUUAAACUUCCUUAUGUCUUGAGGAAAAUGUAAUAUGUUUGGUGCAAUCUGGUAGCAACCCCUUUAAUAA